AUUCGAUGCCCAGCAGGCAGUUCAACUGCAGUUUCUGCACGGCGCCCGCAGACUGGAGCACUUGAAGGAACUCACAACUGGUCCAACGCACCACCCUCCUUCCAAGGUUGAUUCCACUGCCCUCGAGCUGCAAAACUGCUUGCAACCUGCAAAUAAUUCCGCCCGGAUGCCUGUUCAACGUUCACAGGUCGCAUACCCCUGGGCAGUCGACGCGGGUUGCCUCGCCGGUGAUGGCCUCAGACGUGCAAGCCGCCGUCCUGGGCGGCGUUGAAGGUGCUGCGAGAGACAACUGUGCCUUCCACAAGUGUUGGAACUUCUGUGGUUACUUCUUUCUGCUCUUUCUGCCUGGCUCUGCUUGGGUUGGCGCCUUCCCCCUGGGCCCUGCCGGACUUCAGGACAGAGGUUCGUCUCCAACUAUCUCAUGCUCAACAACCCAGUCUUGGUUCCUUGGGCGUAAACAAUUCCACGGCACAUUCGCCGUUCUGUCUGGGCUCGGCGCUCUUCUGCCUCUGCUGGGCCGCCUGCCGCCAUUGCGGUUGUCUUUUUAUUCUUCACAGUUCCGCCAACAUCACCCGCAUCCUUCUGCUCCCCCCGUGCCUGGGCGGUUCACAAUGGCCAUACUCUGCUGUUGUGGCCAUCUUCGCUCCCGCAAGCAGACCCGAGGCGAAGAGGACGUUGACUUACCUGUCCCUCCUCCACCCGCCAAAUUACCCGCCGCCGUCUUGCAUCCCUUGGCCAUUUCUCCGGGUUCCACGCUCGCGAGAUCGUCAUUGACUAACCCGCUUCCCGGAGCCGCCACGGACGCCUUGGUUCACCUGGGAGAGCUCGUGGUCGAGGAGUCUGACGAGGACGAUGUCGACGAGGACCUAGCUCACGACAGCAGGAACAGAAGCACCAGCACUUUGCAAGCUGUCAAGUCAUGCAUCCGUCGCCAUCUGUCUGAGGACUCGCUCCAGAGGCAGGGUGAGACAGAGGAACAGAUGGCUCACAGGGCAGAGGUGAAGCGGCUCAUGAGAAAGAGGAUUCAGGAGGAGCUCCAGAGCGAGACCGACCAUGCCCAAAGCCGUCCCUCCACACCCCAGCGGCAUGGACCUGGUCCGGCCACUCUUUCAGGCAAUGGUCCCCGGGAUACCAUCGAAUUCUCCGUGGAUGAAAGUCAGAAGUUCAAGGACCUGACACCGGUCGGAGCCGCUGACAUGACAGAGGAAGAUGGUGUGCAGCAGCGCCCAAUAUCCAAGUCGUCUUUCAGAUUGCCGUCGAAGCAAACAUCCGUGAAGGAGAAUCGCCGUCCCACAAGUAUUGCAGCAAGUGAGCCUGAGUGGAUUGAUGCAGAAUCAAGAGCCUCACAAAUCGAUUGCCACUUAGGAAUCCGAGAGCGUAAUUCCCUGCCUGAUAUACCCAACUCACCGGUGCUCCUCCCAAUCCCAGGCUCGGCCUUACAUGAUGCCUCCUCACUUGCGUCUUGGCGCCUCUCACUGACUGCGGACAAAUUGGCCGACCUAUUCACACCUGACAAGACACUGACACUGUUCCGACCCCUUGCCAGCACCCCUGGCAAUCGUUCCACUGCAGACCUCAAGGACGACGUUUCGCUGUCCCGCCCAAGAAGCAAGUCUUCGCCUUUGGGUGUCCAGGACUCGAACACCAGACCCAGAACCCAUUCACGCCAGAUUUCGCUUGACUCUACUCUUUGCAAUCGGAUCCCGGCUUCCAAGUCUUUGAUACGGGACGAAUCGCCAGUUGGUCUGUGGCUUCGCACUCAAAGCAUGGGGUUUCGUCCAUGUACUACACCCCCGCCUCAGAGCGAGGUUCGGUCCGAAAGUCACAACCAGAACCCUCAAAGGGUAAGCCAUUUCGAUGUGGCGGAUAUCCAGAUCCCUAUCACGCCUACCGGACUCAGCCGCGUCCGUUGUUCUGAUUCGAGUCGACCUUUGAGCCUGCCUGGCUCGCCGUCACACUCCUCCCGAUGCAGCCUCGACCCAGCAAGACAAUCGCUGCAAAUAGCAACGCAUACCACUUCCAGAGUCAAGAAUCCAGAGCAGGCCGUGGAAGGCCAAGCCAGCCACACUUACGGCAUCCCCUCAGCCAUGAUUUCAAAUACCAAGUUGGUCAGCCUCGGGUCAAACCUUCAACAGUCCUCCUUUAUACCAUCAGCAAUAGACGACGCUCACACUCAAGUGGGCGAGACUAUGCCAUCUCACCCUUGCCGAAGGGGUCUCGGUGGACUGAGGAUGCCAUCCUUCAAAUGGGCUGGGAUUGCGGACGGGGCUCAACAUGUGCCCGAAAGAGACAGGACAGUGACUCCUCCCUGUGGAGGCUCCACCACGUUUUUCACAAGCAUCGAUCCACGACGGGUGACCAUCGAGCCUGGUUCCGAGACCUCAAGCUUCCUGCGGAGAGAGGCCGAGCUUCAACACGUGGAAGAGCGAUUUCGAGACUCUCAUCUGAGGAAGGGAUCAUUCAGCCUCGCGGAGAGCAGAUUUCAUGAAGUGUUUGACCAAGAUGGUGCUUCAAGCUCGAACCGCAGACUAUCACUUUUGUCCAGGCUGCAUUUCAACGUUACCAAACGCGGCAAGGUCUCAGUCAUUGAGACGUUGGACGGAAAUGAUUCUGGGCAUACCCUCGCCCACAUACGAACUUCACCCACGUCUGUUCCGCAGCACAAAGUCUCUGAACAGACAAGCGUGGAUGACGGACAUCUUCAGGUCCCUCGUGUCUUUCGUGGUAAGGGCAGGGUUAAAACCAAAGAAACGGGCCAUAUCCUUGCGACCAGCAGCGCGAACACCCGGCGGCUUCGGGGCUUUUCCUCGUCGAAGGAGGGCGACGAUACAGCUGAGCUAUGGAAGCGAGCAGUGAGAGCAGAAUCAGAGUCCAGGUCCCCAAGAGGAAGCGUGUCAUCGAAUAUGCCUGCCCUUUGUGUGUCCCCAGAGGCCAGCAGCCACAGCGAAAUUCUCAAGGCCCCACAGCCUUCAGGAGCGGCCAGCCUCAGCUCGUCCAGGUCUGAUUUGCAUUCUCCGCUCUGCAAAGCCCCCCCAGGUCAUGAUAACGAGGCAGCUUUGAGUGAGGCUCUCAGGAGAUCAUCAACCAUUUUGCAAGACUGGGCCAACCAGCUUGAAAAUCGGGAGCUUGAAUCGCAGACAAAGGGUGAGUGUUGUGCUUCUCAGCCACGCUCCCGCUUCAAGACGAGCAUUCCUCCCGCCUCUUGGGCAAAGUAUCCGUCCUACAACCGUAACGAGCGCAACGCAUCUGCUGGGGCCGACGAUAAAGUCAUAUCGAGAGAUUUCGCCGUGAAGAACAUCUCAUCCUCGGGGAAUGUAGCCUGGGCUACCGACAAGACCGAAGACAGGCCGCCGUCCCAGAAAGGUAUUGGUCGCACAUUUUCCGACAAGUUCUCGCAGACAUUCAAGUCACGUCUGAUCAAGCUCAUUCCUGGUCGUUCACGGACGCCAUCCAGAGACAGGUCGAUGCGCGGAGUGAGAAGAAGCAGCAUACAAAUUGCUGGCGACCUAGAGUAUCCAGAGCUCGAGAUAUUGCCCAAGACGGGAGGGUACCGUGACCUCCGCGCCCUGGAAUUCGAGAUCCAUGAAAUGAAGGGCAUUGCACAUACGAAGAUACCUUUAGCCAAUGAGGAGCCUGACGUCUCACAGGUCAAGGCAAGUCUAGCUGAGCACAUGACCACCGCGAUGUCGCAGCAUGAUGGCAGCUCGGGCCUUGCGCCGUCUGACGCAAGUGAGACUGGCAGUUUUAUUGAAGAAAAAGCCAGCCUUGUCCAGCUGCAAUGUCCGGAGACACCUGCUCUUCAAAUUCGCUACCCAGAAACGACACGAACGAAGGAAUCAACUGGAUCCACAGUCGAGAGGUAUGCCACCCCCCUCAGCCAUCUAUCUUCCAGUGGACACGAAGCAUCGAGCUCAGCCACACCGGAACUCAUAAUCAAGCUAUUACCGUCGGCCCACUCUUCAAGUUCUUUGAAGAGUGCCAGGUCGCUUAUGAGACGCGCGAGUUUACGCACAGCCCCUUGCAACGAGACAUGCACUUUUUCAACCCAUCAUUGGCAAUCCGGAGAUGAUCACGGAAGACGAUCAGUUCCCAUGCUUUCCGCACGUGCAUCUGGCUGAUUUCAGCAUUGAACAUCCAAUGACGAACUGUAAAGAGUCAACUGGUCUUGCACUGGGAUACUGUAUUAACCUCAUCGUCCGCGGGUGUUUUCACGAGGCUUAACGACCAGGGCUUUGCAUCAAUUAUGGGAAUGUGUUCCGAGAUGGGCAACAGGACAUCCACACCUGUUUUACAUUCAAACCAUUCGAUUCCAUUGGUCUAUCUUUCCAUGGCUAGGCAUAUUGACUGAGUACCUCUGGAUGAUUGUGGUCAAGUCUUUAUUAAGGAAAUGACAUGGUGUUGGUGAGCAUCACAAUUUUUGGAACCUGUCGACAGCGGCACCGACCGGUGGGAUAUCGAGCAUCAAAUAUGGCGAAGACACAUCUGCUGCUUAUUAUAGUUCCACGGGUACUGCAGAUACCUUCUCAUUCAACAUGUUCACAUGCG